GCCUGACCUGCUCGGUGAAUCGGUGGGAGACUAGUCUGGACUUUUCUCCGGUUUGUUGCCGUUACCUCCCACGGCUGCCUUUGAACGUGGAUAAUUAACGAAAACGGGAAGAAAUUUCUUUCUACUAAUUUAUCUGCUGGAGAAAUAAAACCCCGAGCUCCGGACUAAGGAUGUCCACCGCCUUGGAGAGUUACAUCAACCGCACCGUGGCCAUUGUCACAUCAGACGGCAGGAUGAUUGUGGGAACUCUGAAGGGCUUCGAUCAAACCAUCAAUCUGAUCCUGGACGAGAGUCAUGAGCGAGUUUUCAGCUCCACUCAGGGGGUGGAGCAGGUGGUGCUGGGACUCUAUAUCGUCAGAGGAGACAAUGUAGCCGUCAUCGGAGAGAUCGACGAGGAAACAGACUCCACCCUGGAUCUGGGAAACAUCAGAGCCGAGCCGCUCAACUCCGUUGUCCACUGACCUUUAAGCUCCUCCAUAACUUACUCUGCUGUGAUCACUGUUGUCACGGCAACCAAGCACAGCAGGACUGGGUUGUGUUCGUUUGCUAACUGAAUAAUGACUUUAUCCUCUUAUGUACCUGUUUGUUUGUGGGAUUUUAUAAAUAAAGAUAAUUGAAUUGUUUGAUAUUGAAAGUUGCUUUUCUGUGCUUCAAUAGGAGGCAUUUUUAAUAAACUUAAAUUUCUUGUCUUUGUAA